UUCUCUUUCUUUCUCUCCUGAAAUGGAAAUGAAGAAUCUGAUCAUGUCCUACUCACGUGGUUGUGAAGGUGAAUUUGGGAUAUUUUUGGUUCCAAAUCACAGCAGAAAACGUGCAAUAAUCCUCAGAACCAGUAACAUUGAUUACUGUAGCUGCUGCACUACUUAUGGUUUAAAUCCAAGGAAGAUCUCAUCGUUGAGAUUGAAUCGGAAGGCCUUCUUACUAAGAGCUUCCAAGAACACAGUGAAAGCUACAGACGUUGUCCUUGAUGGGUCAACGAAGAACAAGAAGAAAAAUGGGAGCAUAGUUGGUGCAGUAGCUCUAAUUGUUGGAACCAGCAUCGGUUCUGGUAUUCUUGAACUGCCAAGAAAGACUUCCCCUGCAGGUUUCAUGCCAAGUUCAAUAUGCAUGAUUCUGUGUUGGGGUUUUCUCCUGACUGAAGCACUCCUGCUCGCGGAAAUUAACGUUGGUCUAUUGAAGAAGAAGCAGAAGAAGAAAGAAAAUGAAGAACUGGAGGUAAUUUCCAUUAGAACAAUGGCCCAAGAGACACUUGGAGUAUGGGGUGGUAACUUAGUUACUGUCAAUUACCUCUUCUUGGGUUACACAACCAUGGUUGCAUACUCAUCCAAGUCCGGUUCGAUCAUCCACAAUUUGAUUAACCUUCCAUCUUCCAUUUCUGGCUUCUUUUUCACUGUUUUCUUCACAAUUCUAAUCUCUGUUGGAGGAACACGGAUCACUGACAACGUCAACCAAUGGUUGACAGCUACUAUGAUAGGAAUACUACUUGCAAUUGAGGUGUCGGUUGUUCUAUAUGGUGGAUGGACAGGUUUAGAUGGUUCGAGCAAUUGGGGGAACAUCCCAGCAACAAUACCUGUCAUAAUAUUUUCUUUGGUUUAUCAUGACCUAUUACCAGUUAUUUGUGCAUAUCUUGACGGGGACCUCGCACGUAUAAGGGCAUCAUUCAUAAUUGGUAGCUUAGUCCCGCUCUUCACAUUGCUUAUCUGGGAUGCAGUCACUUUAGGCCUUUCAGCUCAUGCUGAUCUUGUUGUUGAUCCGGUGGAAUUGCUCACGAGGGUGGAAUGGAGUGGGAUUUCAUUUAUGGUAGAGACAUUUUCGCUCCUAGCAGUUGGAACAUCCUUGAUUGGUACACUCUUGGGGUUUUCUCAGUUUUUUGUUGAACAACUCAACAAUUUCGCCAAAAAUUCUACUUCAUCAUCAGCUCAAACACUAAAAUCGGAAGAAAAUUCUGAACCAAGAGUUUCGAGCAAUGGCCAGAGCAAGUUAUUUGACCCAAAGAAAUGGUGGAGAACAAACAAACUUGGCUUUACUGCAACGACAUUGGUUGUUGCUCCAUCUUUAUUCAUAUCAACUGCAGUUCCAGAUGCAUUCUCUGUCGCCACUGACAUUGCUGGAGGUUAUUGUAUGACAACAUUAUACGGAGUUCUUCCUCCGGUAAUGGCAUGGGUAAUGCAUACAAGAUCAUCUAACAAAGCUGUCGUUAACAACGAAAAUCAAAUCAGUGAUGCGGAAAGUGAUGGAUCAGUGUCACUACUGUCUAUGAAGCCUGCCUGGAUUGGCGUGGGGCUGAUUUCUGGUGGAAUAGUGAUAGAUCAAAUCCUGGAAGACCUUUCAAAGUUGCAUCCUUAGUCAAGCUCUUCGAGAGGAUAUACGACUACUAUGUGCUUGUACAUGUAUAUUUUUUUGUACAGGCAGUAGCACAAUACGCUAAAUCAUAAAUUUGUUUCUGUCUUGAUAUUUUUUCACCAGUUCUCUAAAUCAGAUGAGGUCAUGAGGUCUGACAGAUAAGUUGGCAAUUGCAGAAAAUUAGUCUCAUUUUG